UUAUGCGAAAAAAGUAUGACUCAAAGAUAUGGAUACGUUGCGAAUGUCUGGGGCAGUCAACUUUCGUUUUCAAAGUUUUCAGGUCUGGCAAUAUUGACCCCAACCAGCUUCCCUACAAGCUCUUCUGACAUUGUAACGUCAUCCAGCAAGAUGGCUGCGCUCUGGAAAAAGGGCAUGGGGAUAGUGAACAGAAGAGUGUUUUCGUUCUGCAAAGAAAUUAUGCCCGUCGCAGCAAAACCCACGUUUGUAAUUCGGGCAGUUUUACUUCAUCAGUUGCGAAAUUCUUCAUCUUACAGAGUGCCUACCUGUAGAAUAUGUAGACGAGCAUUUCUUAGGGUAAACAGCCAUCAGAAUGGGAAGUACAUACUUGGUGUAAUGAUAAAUCGACAGAACAGUAUAAUGGCAGGAGCAUCAGAACAGGUUCCAUCACUUACAGAAGUAAUAUCACCUGUUACCCCUGCUUCGCCUGUCACAGAAGCUACAGUGCCACCUCUUAAUCCUUCAUUGUCGUUACCUGAAAUAAUGGGACCGGUACCAGAGAUUAGCCUUACAGAACUGGGUCUUGGGGGAUACACACCAGUGGGAAUGGUUCAGAAUUUCCUGGAGUUCUUGCAUGUGGAUCUUGGCAUGCCUUGGUGGGGAGCUAUUGUCGCAGGUACAGUACUAGCCCGUUGCCUCGUGUUUCCCCUGAUUGUGAAAGGACAGAGGGAGGCAGCCAAACUCAAUAACCACAUGCCUGAGAUGUCCAGACUUACCAAUAAAAUGAAUGAAGCUAAACGUAGUGGGAACAAAUUUGAAUUUUCCAAGGCUUACUCUGACUUGAUGCUUUUCCAGAAGAAGCAUGAUAUUAAUCCAUUAAGGGGAUUUUUGGUGCCCAUGGUGCAGGCUCCAGUUUUUAUAUCCUUCUUCAUCGCCCUCAGAAAAAUGGCAUACCUCCCUGUGCCCAGUAUGCAAACAGGUGGUCUUUGGUGGUUUUCAGAUCUGACCGUAGCUGAUCCUUAUUACAUCUUACCACUUGCUGUCACUGGAAGUAUGUGGGCUAUUCUUGAAUUGGGUGCUGAGUCAGGAGUGAAUAAUCCCAACCUCCAAACUAUGAAGACUGUGUUCCGAAUAAUGCCACUGAUUAUUCUACCUCUUACCAUCAACUUCCCCACUGCAGUCUUCACCUACUGGAUGACAUCUAAUGUCUUCUCUUUGGCCCAAGUGGCUUUCCUAAACAUUCCUGCUGUCCGAGAAAAACUGAAGAUUCCAGAAAGAGUCCAGCAUGACCCCUCAGUGUUGCCCAAGAGUGAAGGUUUCAUCAAAAGUAUGAAAACAGGAUGGAAGAAUGCCCAACUAGCACAGCAGCUGGAAGAAAGAGAACGCAAGAUCAAACAUCAUCUGGACAUUGCAGCCAAAGGUCCACUUAGACAGACAUUUGCUCAGAAUCCAUUACAGCAGAAAGAAAGCACACAAGUCAGUGUCGAUGGUGUCAAGAAAGGGAAGAAAAAACAAUGGGAAAACCCACUGGAUUGAAUCUGUACCCUUGGCUGGCUACACAGUAGCUUGGUGAAAUCUAGUAGCAAAAACUUGGAAGAAGAUGGGAUGGAAUUCACUGCCAUCUUAAAUGUUUAUGACAUCAAUACACUUAUCUUCAUCUGGGAAUAUAGUGCACAUAAUCAGACCUCAAAGUGUCUGAAUAUUCCUUUUCUGUAAAUAGUUUUCAAACCAGUUAAUGACACAAAAAAUGCAGAUAUAAAAUCUAAAUCUGGGCACUGCAGAAGUGUGGUUGGUACUAACAGUUAUUCUGUGUAAGUUCAAGUGCCACAGUAUGAAUGAUCAAUGCGCAUGUUUUCUGCAGCCUUAAUUCACAUCUUGGGUGUCUCCAAGCAAGUCUUUCCAUUGUAAACAACUGUUUGAUGUUUUUGAUACUUCCAGAAAAGUUGCAGUUUUUCUUUUAGAUGAUAAACGAAACUGAGUUUAUUAAGAACACGACAAAGCCAGUAUCAGAAAAUAUUUAUUUUUUUCCAGUGUCUCAAACUUACCACAGUAGUCGAGAAUGUUCUAAAGAAUAAAACAAUUCUAAAAUA